GAGGCUGAGGCAGGAGAAUCGCUUGAACCCUGGAGGCGGAGGCUGCAGUGAGCCGAGAUCGUGCCACUGCACAUUAUCCUGGGCAACAAGAGUGAAACUCCAUCUCAAAAAAACAACAACAACCGAGAAACCAUCCCUUCAACACACACACCACGCUCUGGGAGAAGGUGUGGUAUAACCCCUUCACCAAAUACUGAGCUGACACCUUGGACUAGACACUGCUCAUGGCAUUGAGGAUAUAGCUGUUAAUAAUUCUUGCUUUCAUUAAAGCAUGGACUCUGCUGGGUUUGAAAACUCUGAAUUCGAAGUUCUUCACACCUGAAUGUAACUACGCGAAUCUGGCCAGUUCCUUAAUUUUCCUUCAACUUUGUUAGUUCACAUAAGCGGGGCAAUCGCAAAAAUACAGCUGUGAAAAUAGAAGCCAGAUGGGCACCCAGCGGUCUGGCCUUAGGCCCUGAAGUGCUGGUUGAGGAUUGGUGGUUGAGAAGGCCUGCUAGGCCUGAAUUCAGGUGUUGGGGGACGUGGGAGCCGCCAAAUACACCCAAGAGACCGGGAGGACUCACUGCCACCACUUUCCUCCGUGGGAACUGUCCCAGUUGGUCAGAUCGCGGCUCGCUGGGACCCGAGAUCUCGUAACGCAUGCUGGGAUGCCCAGCAUCUAAGGGCGCCCAUUGGUCCCGUCCCCACGACUUGAGCAACAGCCAAUCCGAGGGGGUAGCGUGCGGAAGCGGAAGUGAGGUUUCCGUGGAGACAGCAGAGCCUGCAGAAGGCGGCGGCGGCGGCACCUGCGAGCAGCGGCUAGGGCAGGUUAUGGUGGAGCGGACUGCGCUGUGAGCAGAGCGGCCGCGGGGCCCGCCAUGCGCCGGCGGCCCUGACAUGGGCGCCAGCGGGUCCAAAGCUCGGGGCCUGUGGCCCUUCGCCUCGGCGGCCGGAGGCGGCGGCUCAGAGGCAGCAGGAGCUGAGCAAGCUUUGGUGCGGCCUCGGGGCCGAGCUGUGCCCCCCUUCGUCUUCACGCGCCGCGGCUCUAUGUUUUAUGAUGAGGAUGGGGAUCUCGCUCACGAGUUCUAUGAGGAGACAAUCGUCACCAAGAACGGGCAGAAGCGGGCCAAGCUGAGGCGAGUGCAUAAGAAUCUGAUUCCUCAGGGCAUCGUGAAGCUGGAUCCCCCCCGCAUCCACGUGGAUUUCCCUGUGAUCCUCUAUGAGGUGUGACCGUGGGAGGUGGCAGACGGAAGCACCCCCUGCCCCAGCAAGAAACUCCCAGGCUCAAUCAAGGUGUGACUUCCAUUGAGGAGCCCAGGCUGGGGCCACAACCCUGAAUAAACUCCAUUGGCCCAUAAUCUUCAGCUGUGAGCGGGUCAGUCCCGCAAUAUUAGUUGGGUGUUAGUUUGUGUAUGGACAAGAGGUGGUUGGUGGGUGGUGAAGGCCAAUGGCAGAGUUAGCACCCCACUCUCCCCAGCCACCCCUGCAAGAAGCACGGCAGGGCAUAUACCAGUCAGGAAUGCCCGUUACCUGGUUCCUUGCCUGGUCUGCCUUCUUCCAAGUUUGCCUGGGGCCUAGCCCUGCUAGAGGCUACAGCACUUUACAAGCAAGGUAUGCCUUCUUCCAGCCCCUAGGCUGUGGGCACUGUAUACAAGUAGGAACUUCCUUUCCUUCACUUCCCUUUUAACCCCUAGUCAGAGCAUUUCAGCCGUUUGCUACCUCGAUUCCUCCUGUGUUGGACAGAGGCUGGGGGCAGUGCCAGCCUGAUUCUUCCAACCUACCUGCCAUUUGUUUCCGCCUUCAGAUGGAUGGACAGUUUGCUGGCUAUUGAUAGGAGUAGGGACUGGGUGGGGGCUUCUCCCUCUACCCAGGGCUGGGCUGAUCCCCCUACUGCAACUAAUUGUUCCCCCCCCCACCCCAAACCCCCAGUUGAGGAAUUGAGAGGGUGCAGGCUGGGGUUAGGACAUGCUGCGGAUGCUUGUGCCUAUGGGGAGUUACUCCAACCCACCUAUUCUGUCUAAUCCCCAUGGCUUUGCACCAAAUCCUCCACCCCUCCAAUUGGGAGGGGACUGUUCACCACAUUGUGGUAAGGGACAACACCCUAAGGCUGGUGCCAGUAGUUAUGAGUAGCCUACCACCCCCUCCCUUACAGUAACCGCCAUCCCUUCAGGAUCAGUCAAGGGAAAGUACUAGAGCCCCUGGGUAGGGAAAGAUAGGAGAGAAAAACCGUAAAAGGAAUACUUAUAAUGUGAAGGUUUGUAAAUAGUCCAUGAUGAUGUCGUGGCAGAGUCUGAUUUCUAUAUAGAGGUGACUUUUGUUUUUUAAGUACUGUGCAAGCUCUGUGCUUCUAGAAUGUGGGAAGUGGCUUGGGGAACAUGGCCCCCAGCCUAGGAAGACUGUUGUGUUAUUUGUUCAAUUUCAAUAAAAUGAUUUGUAGAUCCUGCA